AUGUCGUACUUGUAUUUGGAGAUUGUCAAGAAAGUUGCCAUACGGAAACGUAGCCAAGCUGCCAAGCUAUCCAUGCAGGGGAAUAUUCAUGCAACAGUCAAAUAUCCGAAAUCUCCAUCUUUGUUUCGUACAGAGAGGGGGCUGCGUGGUGGUUGCUGGGUGCAACUGGAAAAUGGCAAGCUCGAAGGGAUGCACCAGCCAUUUGCACUGGUUUGA